AAAAAAAAAAUUCCUUGUGAAACCUUGACCGUGGUCCAGAAAAAGAACAGAGCUAUCGGGAAAGCAGAGAGCAGAAGAACUUUGGCGUUAUUGGCGGAGCACCAAGCGUGCAACUCUGCAUGGCCAGCCAAACGUGGCAGCCAUUGCAACGAACACAUGCGCCUUCUCUCCCUAUUAAACGGAACGGACCCUUUCGUUAGCUUCUCUUCCCCAUGUGAAGUUCCCAUCUCAAACAACAUGAAGCAUCUCUCUUCCAUUGCCAUAGACGUCAUCCGCAAUUCUGCCCUAAAGUUAAAUACUAGUGUGGAUAAAUUGGUGGAGGAGUUUGAAGCAGGGUGGCAGUCGAAGCCUGAGAGUGAAACCAGUGGGUACUCGAGGAAAUUCGUGGAAUUUUGUGCCUCAAAGGCACUUCACGAAGAAUGUAAGUAUAUAGAGGAAAAGAUUACUGAUGGGUCAUUUAGCCGAUUCACGUUCGAUACAAUGCUUGCAUGGGAGAUGCCCAGCUCUAGGGAUGAAGAGUCCCGUAUGGAGUGUGAGGGAAAGGCGAGAGAAGACGGGAAGAUACCGCCAAAAGUCGCGCAAGAAGAAGACGAGAUCCCUCUUUUCUAUUCAGAUGUUAUGCCGCUUCUUGUUAAUGAUGAGCCAAGUGUUGGAGAAGAUGCAUUUGUAUGGUUGGCAGCAUUGGUUCCAUUUGCUGCAGAUGUUGUUAAUGGAAGAUUCACAUUUGAAACUCUUACAGCACCUACAGGCAACCGCCUUUUCUUCCCUGCCUAUGACAAAUUCUUGAAAGAAAUUGCCAAAUGCAUAAAGCAUUUACAAAAGCAAACAAAGCCAAAGGGUGUGGAGCUUGCAGAUGAUGAGUUUAUUUUGCAUGUUGAGGGGACUGCAAGCUCACAGAGAAUAGUUCGCCAUAUUGGAGGAACAAGUUGGCCUGGUAGGCUUACACUAACCAAUUAUGCUCUAUACUUUGAGGCUUCGGGAGCAAUAACAUAUGAUGAUGCCCUUAAAAUUGACCUUUCAAAAGAUAUUGAACACACUGUGAAGCCAACUGCUACUGGUCCAUGGGGUGCUCCACUUUUUGAUAAGGCCAUAAUCUACGAGUCUCCUGAACUAUCUGAAGGAAUUGUGUUGGAGUUUCCAGAGAUGACUAGCUCCACUAGACGUGAUCAUUGGCUUGCACUUACCAAGGAAGUUAUGCUAAUGAACCAAUUCUUAUCUGAGAAUAAGGUGGAAUGUCCAAUACAAUCAUGGGAAAUGCAUGCUAGAACAAUAUUGGGGAUCAUAAGGCUCCAUGCUGCGAGAGAAAUGCUUAGAAUAUCACCCCCAGCGCCUACAAAGUUCUUGAUCUUUGCUUUGUUUGACGAGUUGCCUAAGGGAGACUAUGUACUAGAAGAGCUAGCUGAGAGCCUGAAGAAAGUUAAUAGUGGACAUCCAUGUAGUGCUAGCUCAGUUUUAAGGAGCUUGAACAUGUCUCUGCAGCCAGUAGUCUCAAGCAUAGAAGUUACAGAAGCGGACAAGGAACGUACAAGUGAUCAAGACAGCAUUCACUUAUUGGAGAGUGCCAUUAAUCAAGCUAGAAAGGAAGCAAAGGAUGUUGAAAUUGCCAAAGCUACUGCCGAGGGGUUGAAAGAGGAAGGAAUCAGUGAAAGUGCCACUGUUCUUAUGGAAUUGCUACAGCCACUGAAAAGUGUAGUAUCUUGGUUUCAAGAAGUCAUUUCAUGGGAAAGACCAGGCAUCACCAUCACAAUGUUAGUUGCAACGUUAGUAAUUGUCUACAAGGAAUGGGUUGGAAAGGCUAUAGCUGCUCUCCUAUUAUGGAUAGUAUCAAAGAUGCUUCAAGCAAGACUAGGAAGGCUUCAUGACAAAUACAAUGAGAUAGUAGUGUAUACUGGCUCAGACCAAAAAACUACAGUGGAAAGCAUAGUAGCAGCUCAAUUUGGAUUGCGAACAGUUCAUGAGAUGAUGCAGGCCACAAAUUUAGCAAUACUGAAAAUCUGGUCUAUAAUGUGCUCAGGGGCACGUAAGCACGCAGACAUGGCAAUGGCAGCAAUGACUCUAUUGGCGGUCAUCUUUGCAGUGAUACCCUUAAAGUACAUCGUCAUGGCAAUCACACUAUACUGUUUCAUUAUGACAUCGAAACUGGGGCAGCACUUCCAAAACGACCAGGGAAACAGAAGGUUAAAAGAAUGGUGGGAUUCAAUCCCAAUCAUCCCUGUACAUAUUGAAGACGAGGCUCCCCACCCCACUUAGUUGUAGGUAAUAGCAAAGUUUUGAUUUGUUAUGUACACAGCUUUUUGCGUUGUCUGUUUGCUGCUGAUUGUAAGCUUAGAGAGAAAAUUUUGAGUUUGUUUUUUAUUUUUUAAUCUUGUUCACCUGUCAUUUGGAUGCUGCACAAAUUACAUCCACAAAACGUUAAAUUGAAUUCUUAGACGUUGUUUUUACAGAA